UUUGAUUUGAAAGGCAUUUGGACAUGAGUUAAGAGAACGGGCAAACCUCGAGCGGACGCGAGUAAGACGCAAGAAGGUGAAGUUUGCUCAGCGUUCUGGCAACAAGCUGAUAUCGGUGUCUUAUUUCCUUUUGUACCACGCCAAUUUCUUGCGGUUUCGUGUGACGUCAACUUGUUCAUCCAUGUUCUGUGAAGAAACUUUCAUCGGUGCGUUUCCCUUAUCCUCACAAGGGUCGCGGGAGUAAUAUUCAUGACUUAUUUAACGUCAGGAGAUGUUUACUAUAUGGCUGUCACUUAUGUGUGUUCAGGUUUUGCCUCGUUUAUUGAUAUUUUUUUUUUGUACACGAAUACUUUGUGCUUGCUUCGUGCGAGAUGUAGUUCACAAUCGUCUUUAUUGACCGAGCUUGUCGAAAACACACGAGGAAUUUGCCGCGGCUUUGUUGGAGGCGCCCGAGUACGACAGCAUGUGACGGAAAAGAAUGUAGAGACUGCACUGAGAGCAAUUCAAGGUUUUGCCAUCAUGCCCAUCCUGGCAGUUGAGAGCAGUUUGACACCACUAAUAAAUCGUCGCUAAUCUUCCUGAACAUACGAUGCGAAAUGCCACAGACGGGCUAACGCCUCAAACGAGGUUUCUCUACGCACGUGCUUAUGUUUUAAGAGUUCGCCCCGUGAGCUGCGGCCAUCGGCGCUUCUUCACUUCUGGUCGCGGUUUCUUCUUCCGGCCGAGGCCCCUCCCGCUCCUGGUGGUGACGGGCGGCGGUUACUACGGUUACCAGCAUUACAAGAGGCGCGAGGACGGAGCCCCGCCCGCUCUGGCCACGCCCACUCAGGUGGCGCUGUAUCGCUCCUUCCCGACCCGCCUGCUGUCUCGGGCGUGGGGGCGUGUCAACGACGCGGAGCUUCCGGCGUGGCUGCGCAAACCCGUCUACUCGCUCUACAUCUGGACCUUUGGCGUCAACAUGCAGGAAGCCGCGGUGGAGGACUUGCGUCAUUACCGCAAUCUUGGCGAGUUUUUCCGGCGGCGUCUCAAAGAGUCUGCGCGUCCGCUUUGCUCCGCCUCUUGCCUGGUGUGUCCAGCAGACGGCAGGAUCGUGCACCUGGGUCGGGUCUCGAGUUCUGAGGUGGAGCAAGUCAAGGGGGUCACGUACAGUCUGGAACAGUUCCUCGGGCCGCAAGAUGGCCACAGCCACGCGUCGGCGUCCACUCGGUCGUUCCGGGACCGCCUGCUGACGAGUCCCGACAACGAGCUCUUCCACGUGGUGGUGUACUUGGCGCCGGGCGACUACCAUCGCUUCCACUCGCCCGCCGACUGGACGGUGGCGCUCAGGCGGCACUUCACAGGUUCUCUGCUGUCGGUGAGUCCGGGCGUGGCGGGCCGGGUGAAGGACUUGUUCUGCCUGAACGAGCGCGUGGCUCUCAGCGGCCGAUGGCGGCACGGCUUCUUCUCCUUCACGGCCGUGGGCGCCACCAACGUGGGCUCCAUACGCAUCUACUUCGACCGGGAGCUGCGGACCAACGCGCCUCACGACAAGAAAGGCGGUUUCCGCGACCUGCGCUACGCGGAGGCGGAGCCGGCCGAAGGGGGCGUCGCCCUGCAGCGGGGCGAGGCGGUGGGCGAGUUCAACCUGGGCUCCACCGUGGUGGUCCUCUUCGAAGCCCCCAAAAGUUUCGCCUUCAGCGUCGAGCCGGGGCAAACCGUGCGAGUGGGGGAGGGGCUGGGCAGCCUCUGAUUGGCUGACCGAACUCGGGGAGGGGAGGGGAGGGGCUUCCGAUCGGGGCAUUUCCCACCAUGCCUUGCAGCUGUUCUGCCUUCCAGGCUGCUUGUUGGACUUUCAUCAUAUGAAAUAUUCCAAGUCAUGUAAAUUA